CGAGGGACCAGCUUGUGGCCCAAAUAUUUUUUUUUACGCUAGCGGGUUGGCAAGACUGUGCACGCCCCUCAACCGCAACAACUUCAACCCCGUCUCCGGCUUUUUGUUUUGGGAAUUUGUUGCCUGCCACCACACCCCCCAUCUACGCACUCGCCCUCCCCGGAUAGGUGUGUCCGUGUUGAUGCGAGAGCCCGCCAGAAUUUGACCGUCAACGAAGUCACCUCAAGAUGGAUGCGAACGCCAUUCGAAGUUGCAUCGUCGCGACCCUCGACGCCGAUGCCGACGUUCGUCGGAGGGCUGAACUCCAGCUCAAGCAGGCCGAGCAACAAGUCGGUUUCACCGAUGUCCUCUUGGACCUCCUCCAGACAGAGCAGGAUGUGAACCUGAAACUUUCAACCGUUAUCUACCUCAAGAACCGAGUCAACCGCGCCUGGCAGCGCUCCGACGACUACCCGCAAGAGGCGGUUUUGGACGAAGACGCCAAGGCACGCUUCCGUGACCGGUUACUGCCCAUUCUCGCCAGCUCCGAGACUCUGGUCCGCCAUCAGCUGGUCCCCAUUUUACAGCGCAUCUUGCACCACGACUUUCCCGACCGAUGGCCGACCUUCAUGGAUUACACCGUCCAGUUGCUCAACACCAACAACGCCCCCUCUGUCCUGGCUGGCCUGCAAUGUUUGCUCGCUAUCUGCCGUUCGUUUCGCUACAAGAUGAGCGAUACCGAUCACCGUGCGCAAUUCGAAAAGAUUGUCGAAGUUAGCUUCCCGAGACUGUUGGCCGUCUGCGAUGAGUUGGUAAACCAGGAUAGUGAGGAGGCUGGCGAGAUGUUACACAUUGCUCUCAAGGCGUACAAGCAUACUGCCUGGCUUGAACUCCCCGCCUGCCUCCGCGAGCAGUCCGUCAAUCUCGGAUGGUGCACCAUCUUCCUUCGUACCGUAUCGAAGCCGAUUCCUGCGAGCGCUAUGCAGGACGACCCGUUGGGACGUGAACGCCAUCAUUGGUGGAAGGCAAAGAAGUGGGCAUACUUCAACCUAAACAGGCUAUAUAUCAGAUACGGUAACCCUCACAACAUCAUGGAAAAGGGAGCCGAUGGUCAGUUGCUCCAAUUUGCCAAGAACUUUAUCGCCCAAGUCGCUCCCGAAAUCCUCAAGCACUACCUUGCCGAGAUCGAGAAAUGGGUAGCCAAAACCGUCUGGCUGAGCCGGCCGUGCUUGUCGUACACUCUUGUCUUCCUGGACGAGUGCAUUCGUCCCAAGGAGAUGUGGACACAUCUGAAGCCUCACCUUACUAAUUUGGUCACUCAUUUCAUCUUCCCUGUUCUCUGCCUUUCGGAAGAGGACGUGGAAAACUUCGAGGAGGAACCGGAGGAAUACCUUCACCGCAAACUUAACUUCUUUGAGGAAGUCUCCGCGCCCGACGUUGCCGCUGUCAACUUUUUGGUGAGCCUCACGAAGGCCCGUAGAAAGCAGACCUUCGAGAUCCUCAAGUUCGUCAAUGAAGUCGUCAAUCAAUACGAGCAGGCGCCAGAGGACCAGAAGAACCACCUGGCGAAGGAGGGUGCGCUACGCAUGAUCGGAACUCUUGCUCCGGUUAUCCUGGGCAAGAAGUCCCCUAUCGCUGAUCAGGUGGAAUACUUCUUGGUUCGGUACGUUUUCCCGGAUUUCACGAACCCGCAAGGCUUCCUCAGAGCCCGCGCGUGCGACACCAUCGAAAAGUUCGAGCAGCUCGACUUUAAGGACCAGCAGAACCUCCUUACUGUCUACCGCCACAUCCUCGACUGCAUGGCCGACCCCAAGUUGCCUGUCCGUGUGACUGCUGCUUUGGCCCUACAGCCUAUGAUCAGACAUGAGAUCAUUCGCACCAGCAUGCAGCAGAACAUCCCGACGGUUAUGCAGCAGCUUCUCAAGCUUGCUAACGAAGCCGAUAUUGACGCCCUCGCUAACGUGAUGGAGGACUUCGUGGAGGUUUUCGCUACUGAGCUUACACCGUUUGCCGUGGCUCUCAGCGAGCAGCUGCGCGAUACCUACCUGCGCAUCGUCAGAGAGCUUCUCGAAAACAAUGAGAGACGUGAUGGUGCCGAGGAUGAGUUUGGCGAUUACCUCGACGACAAGAGCAUAACUGCGCUUGGUGUGUUGCAAACAAUCGGUACUCUCAUCCUCACUCUUGAAAGUACCCCAGAGGUUCUUCUUCACAUUGAGAGCGUCCUGAUGCCUGUCAUCCAGAUUACUUUGGAGAACAAGCUUUACGAUCUCUACAACGAAGUCUUUGAAAUCAUCGACAGCUGCACUUUUGCCGCCAAGCAGAUCUCUCCCAACAUGUGGCAGGCCUUUGAGCUUAUCCAUACGACUUUCAAGUCGGGCGCCGAGCUGUAUCUGGAGGAUAUGCUUCCUGCGUUGGACAACUUUGUGCAGUACGGCGCGCCCCAGCUUGUCCAGAAGCCUGAAUACAUUCAGGCGCUGUUUGAGAUGGUUCAGGACAUGUUCAACGACACCAAGGUUGGCGGCUGCGAUAGAAUCUGCGCGUGCAAGCUUUCUGAAGCCAUGAUGCUUAGUCUGCGUGGCCAGAUUGAUCAGUGCGUUCAAGGCUUCAUCGGCUUGGCCAUGAACGUGCUCACUUCUCAGGAUGUUAAGGUUAAGAGCUACAAGAUCCACUUGAUGGAAAUGGUCAUCAACGCCGUCUACUACAACCCUCUUCUAACCCUGCAGAUUCUCGAAUCUCAAGGCUGGACGAACAAGUUUUUCAGCCUUUGGUUCAGCAGCAUGGACUCUUUCUCUCGCGUGCAUGACAAGAAGCUCUGCAUUGUAGCCAUUGUGGCCUUGAUCAGCAUUCCUGCUGAUCAGAUCCCCCCUACUGUUGCCGUUGGUUGGCCAAGGCUUCUCCAGGGCAUCACCUCUCUGUUCGGCAGCCUGCCGACGGCUCUCAAAAACCGUGAGGAAGCGCUCAAGGACGACUAUCACCUUGACGGAGGCGUCUACGACGAAAAUGAGGAAUGGGACGACGAUGAAAACAACUGGGAUGCCGGUGAAGAGGGUGAGGAGGAGGAUCUUGGAGAUGUCAAGGGCGAGAGUGAAGCAUACCUGGAGUUCCUCAACGAGGAGGCGCAGAAGUUCUCCGGUACCGAUCUCGAGUAUAGUGACGACGAGCUCGGCGAAGAUGGCGUUCUUCUCGAAUCCCCUCUCGACAAGCUUGAUCCCUACUCCAUCUUCAAGACGUCUCUGUUGAAGCUUCAAGCAGAGCAGCCCCAGUACUAUGCUGGCCUUGUACAACAUUUGAGUAUGGAGGAGCAGAGUGUUAUUUCGGCUGUCUUGCAGCAGGCAGACACACAAGAGGCUGCCGCUCAACAGGCUGCCGCGGCUGCUAACGGAACCAGUUAAAUGGUGUUUAUACCCCCUAUACCACGUCAUACACCAAGCUAUUUUCUGUUAGUCGAGGCGCUGUUAGGAACGCAUGCCGCAAACUUUGUGCUGUGGCGCCGAUACUACCCGUUACUCGAACAAAAGUCCUG